AGACACCGUGUUCAGUCAGUCCUCAGUGUGACUUCGACCUCUGCCAAGGGAGGGUGUAUCCGUUUCGCUCCUCCGUCUCGUUCGUUCGGGCUCUGUCGACGUAUAGGGGCAGUGCGCCGGAAGUCUUUCUGACAUUGGCCGAUGUGACGGAUGAAUUCUCACAUCUUGUAGCAUUUAUUUCCUAGCCUGGAGUAUCAUUUAUUUAUUGCUUUUUUUCUGUCUGGAGGGGAGAGUAAAUUUCAUUAAAAUAAAAGUACGAGUCUUUCUCAGUAUCAAGAGCGUAGUGACAAUCACUAUUUCUUUUUUACCCUCCCAGAAGAAGCUCUUCCGAUAAUUAAAUUAGAAGAUAGUCGUCAGUCUCUUCCUUCUUCUUCUUCUUCCUCCACCUCCUCCCCAAUUCACUUGAGAGAGAGAGAGAGAGAGAAAGAGAGAUGAACCUUUCAUAUAGCAAUCGGAAGUAGCAGCAACGAAGACGCGGCGACAACUUGCAUAUUAAUCUCGCAAAUAGUUGUUGUUGUGUCCUCAGAAACGCACACUAACUCAGCUCCUUCCCGACACCUUCGAUUACAGUUAGCCAGAUCUUAAAACACCAUGGACUGAGGGGGGAGCAUGCUUCUUCUGCCCCUGUCACCAGAACUGCUGACCUGGCCCUCGACCAAAUCUCCGAAACAACCCCCAAAGUCGCCCUCGGCCGAAUUCUAAGGCUGUUAGAGGAUGACUUCUCACAUGAUAAUAAAAGUGUAGUGUGAACGUAUUACUGUGUGAUGCAUCCGCGACUUCAACUUGACGUUAUAUGUGCGUGUUUCUUCGUCUACCUGACCGUCUUCAGUAGCCAGCCUCCACCAUGUGCUGCAGAUGACACCGUACACACAUCUGCAGUGGCAAUGGUGCAAGAGCGAGCCCGCUUACCCUGUGACGUCACUUCAACCAUAGCCAAUGACCGCGUCGUUCUCAUCCUGUGGUACAGAGGGGCAGCAGGUACCCCAAUCUACAGUUUCGACGCCAGAGGCAGCAGCAUCGAGAAGGGGAAACACUGGAGCGACGAGAUGCUGCUGGAACAGCGGGCCUACUUCAAGUUUCUUCCUGGAAACUCCUGGGGUUCCAGCGCGGCCCCAGGGGCUCACCUGGAGAUUUACCCCGUCCAAGACAGAGACCAGGCGAGAUACCGCUGCAGGGUGGACUAUCUGCUCUCCCCCACUAAGAACACCAUAAUCAACUUCACAGUCAUCAUUCCACCUAACAAACCAGAGAUCUUCAACGAAUCCGGGCAGCUGGUGACGACAGAGAGCGGGGCAUCCAUCAUCGGCCCUUACAACGAAGAUGAUCCUUUGGACCUCACUUGUAAAGUACUUGGAGGUCGCCCUCCACCGAAGGUCGAGUGGCUGGUAAACGACGAAGUGUGGGCCACAGAGGAUAACCAGGAUCCUGGGGGCGUCAUCCAACUGGAGUUCUCCAUCGCCCGGCUCUCCAGAAAGCACCUCCACGCUGUCUUCGAGUGCAGGGCAACGAAUUUCAACGAAUCGACGCCCGUGUCUUCCACCGUGACCCUGGAUAUGAACUUUCAACCGAUGAACGUCAGCAUCAUGAGCAGCAGCAACUCGCUGAGUGCCAGCACCGAAUACGAGCUGACGUGCCAAGCCUGGGGCUCCAGACCGCCCGCCGUGAUCAGCUGGUGGAAAGGUGGCACCCAGCCUCUCAAGGAUGCUGUUAUGACGACCUCCCCAGACAGCAACGUUACCACCUCCAUCCUGAAAUACAAAGCUGAAAUGACGGACAGCGGGAAAUACCUCACCUGCCGGGCCGAGAACGCCUUCAUAGCUCAGUCGUCGAGAGAAGACGGCAUCAAAUUGAACAUAUUCUACAAGCCGGUGGUGACCCUCCAGAUGGGCAGUAACCUGGACCCGGAGACCAUCAAGGAAGGCGACGACGUCUAUUUCGAGUGCCACAUCAACGCCAAUCCCGAAGUACAACAAGUCCUCUGGUACCACAACGGCUCACCCGUAGAACAUCGAGUCCUGCAAGGGAUCAUCAUCCAGAACCAGACGCUCGUCCUGCAGAAGAUCAUACGAGACUCGGCCGGGUUCUAUACGUGUGAAGCCAAGAACCUGGAGGGCGAUGGGGAGAGCCAACCAGUGGAACUCAAGGUCCAAUACAAGCCCUACUGCAAGAGGCACAGCAAGACGAUCUACGGCACCGCCCUCCACGAGCCGGCGAGCGUCACCUGCGAGGUGGAGGCGAACCCUGGACCCGUGACCUUCCGAUGGACGUUUAACAACACCUCGGAGCAUCUGCCCAUCCCGGCGUCGGCUGUCACUUCGCAGGAUUUCACGUCAAUUGCCAGCUACGCUCCCAAGAGCCAACUCGACUACGGGACUCUGCUCUGCUGGGCAUUCAACAGCAUCGGCGAACAGGCCAACCCUUGUGCCUUCACCAUCAUAGCUGCUGGACCGCCGGACCCGCCGAAAAACUGCACCAUAGCCAACCAAACAACGGACGCCAUUCAAGUCUCGUGCACCCCUGGUUUCGACGGAGGCCUCACUCAAAUAUUCUACAUGGAAGUAUACGAUUCGACGACCGGAGCCCUACACCGAAACCUCUCUUCGUCGGAGCCCUUCUUCGUGCUGACGGCGCUUCGACCUGGCAUAGCCUUCCUCAUGAUGACCUACGCAGCCAACGGCAAGGGCAGAAGCCCUAUAUCAAAGCUAGAGACUUUCACUUUGAAAGUGGCCGAGAAACGAACAGGUCCUCCAACGCUCUUUGAAUUCACACCAGUUCUGGGGAUCCUCAUCGGAGUGGUUCUGGCCCUGAUCCUCACCGCCCUGGUCAUUAUGGUGGUCAUGAAGAUGAGGAGGCCAAUCCCAACGGCCGCCGGCAACCCGGGAUCGCGGGACGAGUUUAAGGGCGACCUGGAGAACAAACCCCUCAACGUUGGAGUGCUGGCUUCCAGGGUAAAGGAGGGGCCUCCGACGGGAGGUGGGGGUGUAGACCCGGACGAUAAGAAUCCUGACAUAAUACCUCACAAGACAGAUGUUUCGUAUCAAGACUACGAAGCCAUUGACAGAGGCAGCAAAGGGAUGGCAGGAACCAACUUAGAUUCUUCAGUAACUAUCCGAACAUUACCUCGAACGUUCACGAGUCUCAAAUGCUGUUUUAAUAUUCUACACCACCACAGGCACAGCAGCAAUCAUCUUUUUAUGCUGCAGCCUAAGGAGCCAUCUCCCGUCAAGGAAGUGACCUACGCGGAACCGACGAUGAUACUGACGAAGGCGCAGCCGGGUUACCAAGUGAGCGGCACAGACCUGUGUCUCUUCGCCGCCAAGCGGAGAAGCGCCUACCUGCCCCUAAUCCCAACAACCUCGGCUCCCGCUGUAGCUCAUUCCACGCCGUUGACAUCUACAGUCUCCGUGUCUUCAGCAUCCAGCCCGAUGGCGGAGAACCGCGACGGCGCAGCCGUCUACGCCACCGUACAGCCCAUCAUCAAGUAUGGCUCCCGGUCCAACAGCCCGCAUCUUUACAGUCCCGUAGAGCAUCUUCCCCAAUCGGUAGCAGCAGGCUCCAUCGGGACUCAGAACGGCGGCCACCGGGCGUCGCUCACGAAUCUGUAUGCCUGCGUCAACGUCCAACCCGCCAGCAGGAGAAGCGUCCACAUCCCCGCGACGACGAGUCACGUCUACGCCACGAUCACGCGCCCUCGCAGCACGGCGACCGUCGACAGCAUCGCGGCGCCGAAUCUGACGAAUAUCUACGCCACCAUCGACAGGAGUAAGGCCGCGGGAGUUCUCCCGAACAAGCGUAACUCUUACGUGACGUUGGGGAACUGGAGUCCCCAGGCACUCCUGUCCCCUUCAGACAGCCAGGAUAAGAGAGGAACCGCGUCUCGGCAUCCGGGGGGGAGGAGUAUCCCUUACGAAAGUGCGGUGUAGGUGUAUAGUUACACCCGGGCCCCGUCAGACUGAUAAAUAAUGGAUGCUAUGAAGUACUGUACUUUCCCGCCUACUCAUAUUUCACUAUUGACUGUAUUAAACGUGUACGUGUGAAUUCAGAGACUACUGUGCUUUGUGUAAGUUGUGUAAACUAAUGUGAGUGUCGAAUGAGGAACUGAAACAAGUAAACAAUGCCAGACGAGUUUGGCGAGACACUAAAUCUCGAAUUCUUCCAUCUGUGUAUAUAUUUUAAAGGGAAAAAAAGCAAACGUGUAUAUUAGUGUUCUCUAUGAAGCUUUAAAGUAAUUAUAAGUGAACCAAAAAAAUAGUUUUAACGAUAACGCAUGGAAUGGAGAAGUCAUUAUUAUCAACUGAUAUUUUUUUGACAACAGACAAAACGAUUUAAACAGAUAAACUGAACUGCUGUUACUUGGUGUGAAUAGGAGUGACUCAGUGAAGGUACUGGAAUAUGGUUUGCCUAACGUGGUCUAAACAGGGUUCAGAAUUUCGAUUUCUUUUCAAAGUGCUGUAUCGUAUUCCUUCUACGUACUAAGCAGAAAAUGUAAACAAUUCAUUCCACAAUCUUGAAUAUAAGGAAUGUGAAACCAUAGGUUAUUCUUUUUUAUUUUCUUGUGGACAUCACAGAAUGACAUUACGGAAUCCGUUCUAGCAUGUCUGAGUGCUGGCAAGAAUAAUGAAUGUUACAGCAACAAACUAUUCACUUUAUAUUUCCAAAUCACAAUCAUAAAAAAGGAAAAUCUCAGUUUUCGUUCACUUCUGUACAUGAAUAUGUUCAAUGUUUUAUUUUGUAUUAUGUACUGUAAGAUCUAUGAACAAAAAUCCUACAGUUGAAGUUUGUAUGUAUGUCACUUCCUUGGAACAUCUAAUACAUUAAAAUCCUUCCAAUUUGUUUCGGCUUGUAAUUUUGAAACAGUUUUAAUAUACUUCAAUAAACGCAAUACGAUACGUAAAAGUCCUUGUAGUUGGGUCCUUAGAAGUUAACAAAAGUUAACUUCUAAGUUAACAGAUACAAAAAGUUACAAAUAAAAAAAUAUUAUGUAAAAAAAAUUGUCGGUUGAGUUUUCUCUUUAGGGAGGUAUCCGUAUGAGUGUAUGAUACACAUACACAGGAACACGCAUGUAUGUUUGUGUGUCUACGAUGUAUACAUAAAUAGCUUCAAGAAAAUAUGCUACACUCUACUAAUUCGAAUCGGUAAGAGAAAACUAAAGUCAGUUUUCAAACCUAAUGUGUCAACGCCAAACUGCAAGUAUCAGACUGACAAUAAGUUUUACCUUUCUGUAAUCUAAUCGAUGGUUUUAGUGUUCAGUUCCUCAGGUAAUAUAAAUGCUGAGAAACAGCACAGCAUAGACUUACCCUAGAGAACGAGAGGAGAAACAGUCUUCUAUUUUAAGAAAUAGGCCUAAAACUGGCGGUUAGAAAAUGAGAAAACUCGACCCUGCUGGAACUCUGAUUGCUAGCAUUCCAGGGCGAGCAUGCCUUUGGAAACAGGCCUGGAAUUUGGAAAAUAAUGAACACUGUCAUGGAAAUACUCGAGUGUAUCUAAAUGAAACAUGGUGACAUGUACUGACUCUUAACUACUCUUUCGUAAAAAUUUAACACAAAAAAAGUGCGAGAAAUAUUUCAUUUGAACGGUUUCACUCACAAUAUUCAUUCAUUGUCUGAACACCUUUUCACAUGAGCCUUCAACUCAGUUCUUUUCCAUUAUUUGUUCAGGUCCAGUUGCAAAGCAACUUAUUUACCCAAUGCGUAAGUUACUACUUAUUGUCUUCAUUUGAAUAAAUCAGUUUUGUAAAAGACGCUCCAGAGAAAAUAUUGCAGACUACUAUGUAUGUCUUUGAAUUUAAUUUUCUUGUUCUAAAUGGUAAAAAGCUCUUAUCAAUUACUCCCAACUGAAAAGAAAUCAGAAUUGCGCAAGCUGCUUUCAUGAAAAUACUGCACACUCUUGUCUAUUUCUAGGGGUGGAGCUGACUUUAAAUAUCCGCAGAUGAUAUCACUGUAACCAAUGGUCGGUGCUGAACAUGAGCUUCCUCCAAUCACGAUAAGCCUCAGGGAUGUCAGCUGGGGACAUUUAUAACCAGCUCCAAAAAUACAGUCCAUGUCAUGUACACCACCUAAAUUUAGUUCACCUGUUGUAGCUUGUAAAAAAUCAUAGCGAUGUCCCUUUUCAUUCAAAAGCAAUCAGCACUGUACAGGCAGCUCUAGAAAAAAAAUGUCUUGAAAUUUUAAUUUCCUAGCAUUUAUUUAUCUAUUUAUUUAGUUUCUAGUAUCUUCCCUGAUUUCUGUAACAUCCAUUCCUCCAAGAGGCAUCUCCAAUCAAUCUCCAGAGGAUUUUCCCCUGAAGAGCAAUUCACUCAGUCAUAUUCAAAGGCUUCCAUUGUACAUAUAAUGAAGAGAAAGAGAUAAAAAAAAACUUUUGUAUAAUAAGUCAGCUUUAGAGAUAACCUUAUCUGUAGAUUUUAGUAGCUGUAGACACUAGUUAAAAGACAUUGCUAUGGCAUCUUGUAACCGUUUGUCCUCAGUUUGUCAACAAACCGCUCAGUACCUUUUUUGAUGAAAUGUAAGAAUAAAGUUGUGGAGAUGAUCCGUCAAUUCUUGCUUAAAGCGCGCGACUGAAAGAUGAUAUGGUUAAAUUUUGUAAGAGUUGAAAUGGAUCUGACAGUCUGGCUUAUUGGGAUGAAUAUGGAAGUCUCCCAAAGAAUUAUUGUUUAAUUACAAAAACUGAUCUUCUAAAAGAAUACAUUUGAACUUGCCACAUACAACUGGGGUGAGAGGUCGCAUACUUUUCAUAAUAUAAAUUAUAAUAAACUUUUUUCAAGGAUAAAAUCACAUUAAGAUCUCAUGCGCUGAAAGAGGUUACUACCAUUCAUUUUUCAAUGGAGCACUGAUAGUUAUCUGCCUGAGUUGAUACUGAAGUUCCUGCUUUUUCAAUUCAUUUUUCUUCAUCCCAACAAAAAUAAAUAGAUAUUAAUCCUGAAAGUUCUUACUAAUUUACCUCAUUUUCCACAUUCGUUCAGUUUCGAAAUGAUGAAGAAGGUUAACCAGUAUCCAGAAUUAAUAAUGUCUAGUUAAUUUCUUAUUGUUUCAGUCACUUAAAAUCGAGAUGGAAAAACGAAAAUUGGAUAUUCUUUUUACAUAUUUAAUUGAUGAUCCAUUUCAUAGAAUUCUUAUUCUUACUAAAUUUUUUAUGAAAGUAUGUCAACUCUUUUCCGAUCUGUCGUUUUGCAUGAUGAUAUUCAAGGACAACCAACCCGUAACAUCAACUACAUUCUCCUUUAUAAUAAAUGUGAAAUAUCCCAUAAUAUCAAUUUCAGAAAAGGUCUAACAAAGCAGUUUAAAACUUAUAAAUAAAAGUUAAAACCCAGACAACAAGGUAGUUCAACUUGCUAAGUUAAAACCAAUCACUAUCCUAUUCUGAAACAUUGUGAAUAAUUACUCUGUUCAUCCCCUAAACUGUCAUCAUCGACGUUUCAGUCAGUAGAUAAAAUAAAAAAGCAAGAAUGACUAAAUCAGUUAUUGGGAGAAUUUUGAGAAUUCCAGCAAAGUGAAGUUACAAUGAGACCAAAAGAGAAGUAGGAAUUCGCUUGAGAUCUAGUCAGUGCAAUCCAUACAUCUGAUUCAGUCCUAAUACAGCAGGAUCUCGCUAGUCCAAACGUGUUGAAAACAUGUUGAAAAUUUCAGAUAUUUAAUGUUAUAUUAUAUAUAAUAAUAUUCAGGUCGGCGCUUGCAGAUUCCAUGUGGUCACUUAGCACUAGACAUGAUGAUUUUCCAUGAAACGACCAUGACAGAUAUGUAAAUAGAGAGGAAAUUAAAUCAAUUUUUUUAGAAUUGGAAGUGAAUCCUCCACACGAAUCUGGAAGCACCGUUCCUCCCAAACCCCUUUUAUGUAUAAAUGUUCCGAUGAACGCAGGAUGAAGAAUAUUUUCAAUACUCGAUGGAAGGUUACUGUUUUCUUAUACUUGUACAAUAUCGUGUAACAUUGCCUGAACGACAGAUAAUAAAAAGACCAAGAGGAA